GGAGUGCACAUUACCAUAAACGAAACACGAGAAGAAACCUGGAUGAGUUGCUUUAACAAUGAAAGCGCAGUGUAUUUUAACAGCUCUAUUGCUUGUGUGUAAUAUAACAUCAUCUUCAUGUUUUCUGGAAGUGUUCACGGAUGCGGCAUCUGCGGUUUACAAAUUUUUUGAAUGGGACGAUUUGCUAGUUUUUGACCCUAAACGUUUGGAGAAAGAUUUGAAUGACUUUCUUUUCGGGCAGCACAUCGCAUCUAAUGUUAUAUUAAAAUCUGUAUCAUCAUUUAUGACUGACAGCAAACCAAACAAACCACUAGUCCUCUCUCUUCAUGGAACUACAGGAACUGGGAAAAAUCAUGUCACUAAAAUUCUUGCAAGAAACAUUUACAAAAAAGGGGAAGAUAGCAAGCAUGUUCAAAUUUAUGUUUCAGAACAUCAUUUCCCUGAUCGAGGAAAGGUUGACUUAUACACAGCUCAGCUAAAGCAGUGGAUUCAUGGAAACGUAUCCAGCUUUCCCCGCUCCAUGUUUAUAUUUGAUGAAAUGGACAAGAUGCAACCAGAGCUGAUUGAUGUCCUAAAACCUUUUCUGGACUACUCUCUUGUGAAUGGAGUAUCAUUUCACAAUGCGAUCUUCAUUUUUCUCAGUAAUGCAGGUGGGAAAGUAAUUGUUGAUUUGGCUCUGGAUUUCUGGAAAGAUGGGGAAAAUCGGGAAGAUCUGUGGAUGAACAGCAGCGAGCUAGAGAUUAAAAUCUCUAAAAAUGUCUACAAUGAUAAGAACUGUGGAUUUCUGCACACUAGUAUCAUAGACGAGCAUCUGAUUGAUCACUUCAUUCCUUUCCUACCUCUCGAGCUGAAGCAUGUUCGCCAGUGUGUCUUAGCUGAGAUGAAGCAUCUGAACAUCACAAUAGAUGAUCUGGCAGAUGAAGUGGCUAGAGACAUGCCUUACUUUCCUGAAGAAGAGAGAGUCUUUGCUGUUAAAGGCUGCAAGUCAGUCAGACAGAAGUUGGUGCUGCAUGUUGAUGAAUAGUCCUGCAUGUCCGGUCCUGCACCUCCACCUACUGGUCAUCACAUGUCAUUGUCAGAGCUUGAAUGUCAGUGAAUGUCGUUUACAAAGCCUAAGAUGUGUUGUUGAUGUGGGGAUUUUGUCUCAGUUGAGUUGAUGUCAUAGUGCUGCUACGAAUUUAUUCAAAAGUAAAUGCGCUACGCAAACUCACAAAAAGUUUACAUAUAUGCUGCUUAAGUGUUCUCUAAAAUAUUCAUAUCAUGAAUAAUAAAAAAUAAAAAGUCACAAAUCGCCA